AUGACUCGUCUGAUGUUUUUCUUUUUACUUAUCUUCUCAGUAAAUUCGUCGACAACGAAACUUGCGGAAGACGCCCUUACGUCCUCAGUUUCUUCGUCCUCUUCCACUGAUAACUUUGAUGAGAAUUGCGGCAACGGAUUGUUCGACGCAAAGACGGAGGAGUGUGAUCGAGUUGAUGGAUGUGGUAGUGAUUGUUUAUGUUCGAUCGGGUAUACUGCUGAUGGUGAUGGUCAUUGUGUUCCGAAGUGUAUGUAUGGUUCUGCUUGUAUCAAUGGAUGUUACAAACCGGACAAAUGUGAGCGAUGUAAUGAGUCGAUGGGGUAUACAUCCGACUGUUCCGAGUGUUUAAAAGAUUACAUGUGGUUUGGUGAAGGCAAGUGUUUGCCUUACAACGCCACUGAACUCAUAUCGUGUGGAGACUUUUUCACACAGACAGACGCUUUCUUCGCCGCAUUAGGGAAGACCAAUGUCUUUCGAAUACGUUUUGGUGACACUGGAAAUUUAGAUGAAAAUGGGAAAGUCGUGUUAGAUCUCUCACAAGACGUUUUGACCCAAUUCCAGUCGACUUUUAAUAAAUUAGCAAUUAAUAGAUGCACUCGCUUCGUUAAUCCAACUAAGCCAUACACUUACGGAACGUGGUUUGAAGUCCUUGCUGAUGAAAACGGAUACGUCCAUAUCGAGACGGACAAGAAAUAUACCAACGCGGAAAUCACUAUAUUGAAUGCUCAGAGCAAAACAGUGGGUACCAAUUACGCUCUUUCGGUGCAUGAGAGGUGUCUUGACACCGCCGAUUUGUUCUACAACCCGAAGUGCACGACGAGAAAUGGAGGACGAACAGACUAUAUACAGUCUCCACAAGUGUUUCUUAAGGUCAUUAAAGACGAAAAGUACUACGUCUUCCUUCACUCCAAAUUUGCGUCAUCACAAGUGUCAUCAAUACCUAUUUACUUCAAUAAAGUGCUUCACCCAUGCUCUGGGGAUUAUCAGGAGGUUGUUAUGAAUGAAGUAGCGAGUGGGUACUUCUCGAGUAUCAUCGAUUCUGACACGACAAUAGUGAGUGGGUCUGUGUGUACCAAAGAGAAUGAAAAGGGGAGGUGGUACCGGAUUAAUGGGGUUGACCAAACAUUGGACAUAUCGACGUGUAACUCGGAGGAGUAUGAUGUCUCUUUAAAUUUGAUCGAAUUUGAUUUGGCGCAGUUGGGGUUUGUCGACACGCACACCGACGACAUUUCGAAUGUGACAUGUGGUGUUGAGGGGAUAGGGAAAUGCGUGAAGUAUAGAAAUGAUGGAUGUGGGAAAGGGUCUCUACUGCCACGGAUGGUAGUUACACUGAAGAAGGAGUAUAUGUAUAUGUUGUUUGUCAGUUUGAACGAGGAGUACAAAAGUCGAGUGAAACUUGACAUCACCAUCACGUGUCCACAAGAGUGUGGUGAGAAUGGGAAGUGUUCUGGCUAUUCUGGGAAGUGUGAAUGUAACGAGGGGUAUGUCAACAAAUACGAUGGAUGUUCAGCGUGUGGGAAUGGGAAGGUAGACAUUGACAUCAACGAAGAGUGUGAUUUAAGUUCGGGGGUAGUUGACAUUCAAUGUCUUGAUAGUUGCAAUUGCAAAGAUGGUACACAGCCAAAGGAGAUCAAUGGAGUUACAAAGUGUGCUGUUUCCACGUGUAACAACGACAAUAUAGAUGAAAAUGAAGAAUGUGAUGGAGGGUUUGGAUGUUAUCAUUGCUUAUGUGUGAAUAAUACAUAUGCCUUUGCAAAGCCGCGGUUAUAUUGUGUUUCCUCCACGUGUGGAAACAAGAAGUGGGAUAAAGGUGAAGAGUGUGAUGGAGGGUUGGGGUGCAUUGAAUGUGAAUGCCAACCGGAUUGGUUUGGGCAUGGCUCUGCAGACUGUUCUUCAUUGUCCCCAGCACUUACCAACUUUUUGUUUUGGGGAGUUGGCAGCAUAUCAUACUUUAUAUUGUACAUGCUGAUAUUGAUCAUAUCCCUUGGAGUCUAUAUUAAAUUAACUCGUGUUAUAAAGAAGCAGACGUAUAACGAAAUGAACAUCUUCGAGAACACAAUUAUUCCAUUUGAUAAGAACAAUUCGCAGUACGUUGACAUGUCCAAGGAAAACAAAUACUUCUCGUUUUCUUCAACAAAGAUCGAGUUCGACUCCCAGCCAGAGAUUAACGAGCCGAUCGAGACACAAAUUGAGUUGAACAAUUUGAGUAAGACGCAUCCCCUUUAUUUUGUCUUCCACAGUGGAGACUACACCAAAUAUAUUAUACUCUCAAAGCCAUUUGUGGGAACAAUACGGCCCAAGGAAUCAGUCACACUUAACAUUUCAUUCAUGGCCAAGUGCACAACAGUCCUCAACGAGAAGGUCCCAAUCACAAUUCGCUUUGGUAACGUUUCUCAAAUCAUUAAAGAGAUCAAGAAGGAGAAUCCAGACCUCAUCGACCAUGCUUCUCAAUCAUCACAAAAUUCCGAAAUGGACGAUACAAAAUCAUUUGGCAAGAAGUCUUUGUCGUCUGCAGAUGGCAAAGAAAAAUCAUCGAGUAAAACAAAAUCGACGGGGAAGGACAGUGGCACUAAAGAUAAGUCGUCGUCUUCACUCAAUUCCAAAAACAAGAAGAGUAAAACGGCCAUUUCAAAGUUCCACGUCUACUUGAAUCUUCAAGUAGAGUCUGCGCUGUCCACCAAACUUGAUUAUGAAGAAAUCCAUUUACAGCAUCCACCAAUUGGAGGGGGCACAUUUGGUAUAGUCUACCGAGCGGAGUGGCGACGAGUCGAUGUUGCAGUGAAAGUGAUGAAGACUGAUUUAGUCAGUUUAAUGGAGUUACUUCCCAACUUCAUGCAAGAGGCUGAGAUGAUGGAGCGUAUACGAUGUCCUUAUAUAGUGAAUUACAUAGGAAGUGUCAUGACUGGUGAUACCCUCUGUUUAGUCACUGAGUUCUGUCCACUUGGGUCUCUUAGGAAGUACAUGAAGUCUAAUGCAAUUCCCGAGUUGUUGAAAUUGAGGUUCUGCCAAGACAUUGCGAGAGGGAUGGAGUACUUACAUGAAAAUGAUAUUCUGCACAGAGAUUUGAAGACAGACAACGUCUUGAUGAUCUCUAAAAAUCCGCACGACCCUAUCACAGCUAAAGUCACUGAUUUUGGGACAUCGAGAUCAUUCAUCGAGUCGUCUGGGAAAAAGUUGUUACAAGGAAUAGGUACGCCAGUCUAUAUGGCUCCAGAGAUAUCAAGAAAAGACCAAAUGACAUUGAAGAGUGACGUCUACUCCUUUGCGAUUUGUAUGCUUGAAAUUUGGUUAACAAAAGACGUGUAUGACCCGAUGAAAUUCCCCGACUCCGAAUCGAUUUUGAGGUUCGUUGGGGCAGAAAAGAGACUUGAUAUAGACGACUCGUGUGUUCUGAAAGAACUCAUCCAAGCAGCUUGGAAACCACGAGCAAGCGAACGGCCAAGCUUCAAGGAACUUGGGACAAAACUCACACUCAUUCUCAAAAACGUCGAGAAAGGGGAGACUAAGCGUGAAAAGGAUUCAAAAUCGUCGAAAAUGAAUGAUGAAGAAAACUCGAAAGUCUCGGUGACUGCUGUUACUACUAAAGAUGAGAGUGUCACUGAAGGGGAGAGUGCAGAUAACUCAGAAACAUCAAACGAUAGUGAUAACCCGACAAUAUCCAAAGACACACCUGAACAUAAUGAUAUCAACAGCAACGAAGAACAUAUGGAUGGUGUUCGUCCAGAAGUUGCCAAGCAAGUUGAAAAAGAAGUGACUGCUGAGAAGACUGAAACCGCUCAAGAAACACCCAAAGAAGAAGAACAACAAUGA